AUGAACAGGGUUGCCAACUUCGAUGUGUGCCAGUGUUUUCCUGAAGACAUCAUGCACAUUCUCUUUGAGGGAGUUGUGCCUUAUGAGACCAAGCGUUUUUUGAAGGUGCUGAUUGAUGAAAAACGAAGCUUGACCCUUAAAGAGCUAAACCACCGAAUGGAAAGCUUCAAUUAUGGCUAUAUGCACAACAAGGACAAACCAACACCUAUUGCCAGGGAGACACUGAAUGCUUUGGAGGAUGCUAAAUUAAAACAGAGUGGUUAGUUUCUUUCAAUUAUUUAAUAAUCAUACUUAACAUGUUUUUCAUUACACAAGAGAAGCAGUGCUCAAUACCGAGUAGAUAGAUAGAUAGAUAGAUAGCAUUUUUCCGCAAAAAACUAGCGAGAGACAGAGUUGUAAAGGAACAACAAAGCGACACCAGACCACCCUUUGGAAGACCUCUAUGAAACUAGUAUCUCUACAAUAUUUACUUUAGUAAGAAUAGUACAAUCAGCUGUAUACAAAGUCACUAUUUCUAUGUCACACAGUUGAGGUGGAGAUAGCAUCAAAUUUAAAAUCUGUAAAAUAAUCUUCCGUUAUGACAUUAAUGCAAUGACUCCAGUCUUUGCUCCUCAGAAGCGAAGUCAGUUUAAACGACCACCUGCUUAAUUGAUUUGGCAUAGUUAUUCUUUUUAUACUUCUAAAAUUUAUUAACUAGAAAAGGGGCUUGCAGGGCAAUAGUUGUCAUUGAUGCAGACAUGAAUUUUCAGUAUUUUUUUUUCUUUUGAAUGUUACAGCAUCCCAGAUGUGGUGUCUUUUUCGCUUUCUCCCUAUAUUAAUUGGGGACAAAGUUGACGUGGAGAUGGAGGAGUGGCAUUGCCUUCGGACUUUGUGGAAUAUUGUCCAACUCUGUACUGCUCCAGCCAUCAGAAAAGAUGACGUUCCGUACUUGCGGGUUCUCAUAGAGGAACACCAUACCCUCUUCAAAAGACUCUACCCUGAAGCCUCGAUCAUACCCAAAAUGCACUAUGUUAUCCACAUUCCAGAUGACAUAGCCAGGUGAUUAUGAAUUCAUUAUUAGCUUCCUAUUUGUCUCCUGCAGUGUAGUAAGCAUUAAUUUCACCUUAUAAUUAAGUGUCAAUUAAAUCUUACUUGUUUUUCUUGUUCUUAAGAGCACUUAAUGUGUUCCUUAAUUCCUAUUUGCUCAUACAGCGCUCAACAAUAUUUGUAUUCACUCAAUCAACAUAUUUACUAUUCCCUCAGUAAACUUUACACUUUUUAACAUAGGUUUGGACCAGCACGGAACAUUUGGACCAUGCGAUUUGAGGCCAAGCACACUUUUUUCAAGGGAGUGAUUUCUAAGAAUUUUAAAAAUGUUCCAAGAACUCUGUCAUUUCGUCACCAAAGGUAAAUGUAUUAGUUUUUUCUGAAAUACACUAGAGUGUUACUGGUCAUAUACCAUGGCAGAAUUUUCAUUGAACUAUGGCACCAAGAACUUAAAUACAUUUUCAGGACCUUAAGGACUUGACAAACACUAUUUUUACAUUUAUACAUUUUUUGGAAGGGAGGAGAGGCUUCUGAAAUGAAACUGGAUGUUUUCUUUAUCCCUGAGGAAAAAUGGGGACUAGUCGUAGUCUAGACAAAAGUGACAGCUUGAAAUUUGAAUUAUUAGGGGAUUGUUAACGUAUCCUUGUGUUUUGAUUGUUUUAUUCAGGAACAUGUGCUGGAACCUUUUGACAUCAACUGGACAUACAACCUCCAAAUAUCUGUAUGCAGGAGAUGUUGUUGGUCCAGGUGAGUGGAUCCCAUUACCACAGGUUUUCAGAAUUAGAUGAUUCAAUUCUAAUAUUGUAAUAUUAAUAUCAAAUUGUAAACAGAAGGUUAAAUGUUUGCUGUUUACUAUUAAAUAGUAAAUUUUAUAGGUGACUAUGGCAUUGAUCUAAAACAGCAUCCCCAGGCUCAGCUAAUAAGUGAUGCUGCAGGGUUGGGUGAUGUCCCUGAGAGAUUUGUGGGAAGCAGGUAAGUUUGUGUUUCACCUGCAAAUCCUCUUUCUGUCUAUGUUCCAAACACUCUUGAUUUACCUUGAUUUAUACUUUGACUGAUAUUGUGACAGAUGUUAAUUGCCGUCUUUUAAUGUUCAGGGUAAAGCGCGUUGGGAUUCAUGGUAUUGAGUACAGACCUGGAUGUGUCUUGAGGCUACGCGAAAUGGAUGAUGUGGAGAAUGACUAUCCUGUAUAUGGACAAGUAGAUGAGAUCAUCGUUUGGGAAGAUGAGAAAUUUUUUAUUUUGACAGAACUUGCAACUCUUUCUUUUCACCAUCACUUCAUGGCAUAUGAAGUUGAGAGGACUGACCACAAAGCAGUUGUUUUGCGCCAUGACUUACAAUGGUAUGGAGUAUUGCAUAUUGUUCAAAAGAAUGGCAAGAAAUUUAUUGUGGAGAAGGACACAUGUUGUAUUGAAGACGUACUUUAG